CCAGCUCAGGACUGCCUCAUCUGGCAGUAGGCACUGGGCUGGAAUGGGGCUGCCUGGCUCCCCAUGGCAGUGGGUGCUGCUGCUGUUGGGGCUGCUGCUCCCUCCUGCCACCCCCUUCUGGCUCCUCAAUGUGCUCUUCCCCCCGCACACCACGCCCAAGGCUGAACUCAGUAACCACACAAGGCCUGUCGUCCUCGUGCCUGGCUGCCUGGGGAAUCAGCUAGAAGCCAAGCUGGAUAAACCAGAUGUGGUGAACUGGUUGUGCUACCGCAAGACAGAGGACUUCUUCACCAUCUGGCUGGAUCUCAAUAUGUUUCUACCCCUUGGGGUGAACUGCUGGAUUGAUAAUACCAGGGUUGUCUACAACCGCAGCUCAGGGCGCGUAGCCAAUGCCCCUGGUGUACAGAUCCGUGUCCCUGGCUUUGGCAAGACCUACUCUGUUGAGUACUUAGAUGACAACAAGCUAGCAGGUUACAUGCACACUCUGGUACAGAAUCUGGUUAACAAUGGGUAUGUGCGGGAUGAGACAGUACGGGCUGCACCCUAUGACUGGCGUCUGGAACCCAGCCAGCAAGAUGAAUACUACCAGAAGCUGGCAGGACUGAUAGAGGAGAUGUACGCUGCUUAUGGGAAGCCUGUCUUCCUUAUUGGGCACAGCCUUGGCUGCCUGCAUGUGCUCUAUUUCUUACUGCGUCAGCCUCAGUCCUGGAAGGACCGCUUCAUUGAUGGUUUUAUCUCUCUGGGGGCUCCAUGGGGUGGCUCUAUCAAGCCCAUGCUGGUCCUGGCCUCAGGUGACAACCAGGGCAUCCCGAUCAUGUCCAGCAUCAAGCUGAGAGAGGAGCAGCGUAUAACCACAACAUCCCCCUGGAUGUUUCCAGCCCACCAGGUAUGGCCUGAAGACCAUGUGUUCAUUUCCACACCAAACUUCAACUACACAGGCCAAGACUUCAAGCGUUUUUUUACGGAUCUGCAUUUUGAAGACGGAUGGUACAUGUGGCUACAGUCACGUAACCUCCUGGCAGGCCUCCCAGCACCUGGUGUAGAAGUAUACUGUCUGUAUGGUGUGGGCCUGCCCACACCCCACACCUACAUCUAUGACCACAGCUUCCCCUACAAAGACCCCGUGGCUGCACUCUAUGAGGAUGGUGAUGACACUGUGGCCACACGAAGCACUGAGCUCUGUGGCCAGUGGCAGGGCCGCCAAUCACAGCCUGUACACCUGCUGCCCAUGAAUGGGACAGAACAUCUCAACAUGGUCUUCAGCAAUAAGACACUAGAACAUAUCAAUGCCAUUCUCCUGGGCGCCUACCGCCACGGUACUCCUGAGCCCCCAGCUGCCAGCCCAGCUUCCCCACCCCCUGAAUAAAAAGACCUUUGCUAUUAGAAGUUCUGUGUGUUGUGGGUUAAGUAGAAGGCACUACUUAGAUUUGUCUAUCACCUGACCCAGGGGAACAUGGACUUUGCUAAAGCCUGCGAUUAAACUGAACACUUUGA